AUGUUAAUUGAAUCAUUAUCUUCCUUAGGUUCUAUAUUAAUAAAAAGAGAUUCCGAUAUAAGUAGCAUUUUUGAUUCUUCAAUCAAUAGUAGUAGUAUCCAAUCUCUAAAUGAAACUCAAAGACUUAAUCUUAAUCUAUAUUUUUUAAAUGGAAAGAGAAGAUUUACUACCAAACCAACUACUAGAUUUUUUUAA